UUUGUUUUUUUUUUCUUGUGAGACAGAAGCGGCCAUGGCUACAGCUUCAAGGUUUCUACGAAAAUUGCCGAGGUUUCUCAAGCUUUCUCCAACCCUUCUCCGUAGCAAUGGCGUAAGAUACUCAAGCAAUUUGAUUCAGGAUUCCUUAGAACCGUUGGAUUCCUUCCGGCGAAUAGGAUCUCGAAUCCGCCAUGAAACUUUAACUACCAGAAGCUUCUCUUCUCAAGGUCCUGCUUCCGUCGAUUACAGUUCGGUUUUGCAGGAGGAUGAGUUUCACAAAUUAGCCAACUUCACUAUAAAUGACCUUCUUGGGAAAAUUGAGGACUAUGGUGAUACUGUCCAGAUUGAUGGUUUCGACAUAGAUUACGGGAAUGAAGUUCUCACCCUUAAGCUUGGAUCGUUAGGCACAUAUGUGCUGAAUAAGCAAACUCCAAAUCGUCAAAUCUGGAUGUCUUCACCCGUGAGUGGCCCGUCUAGAUUCGACUGGGACCGUGAUGCUAAUGCGUGGAUUUACCGGCGAACUGAAGCAAAGUUGCAUAAACUCUUGGAAGAGGAGUUAGAGAAUCUAUGUGGUGAACCAAUCCAGCUCUCGUAAAGGAGAAGGUUAUACACAAUAUCUGUGAACGAAUGGAUUUCAUGAAACAUCCAAAGGAAUAAACAAACAAGGCACUAGAGAAACUUGUUUCAGUGUUGAUACCCGAUUGAUGUUUGUGAAUCUACUUUGAACAGUAGUGUUUCAUAGUGACAUUGUUACAAACUUACAACUCUCUUUGUUUAAUCAGAGCUGAAGCUACCUUUUACGCUUUUUAGAUCAA